AUGAAAGGAGCAACGACCGAUGAAGACAUUGACUCCGAAGGGAUGGUCAGUGAUGUCGAAAAAACUAUCAAUAAACAGAAAAUAGUCUUGAAAGGAGAAAUGGCUUCUAUUAUUGAUAAAAAGCUAGACCAGAAGAUAAUCGAGCACCAAAAGGAAAUAAAGCAAUUGCAAGCAGUUAUCCACAAUUUGAGAACGCAGAAUCGCGACUUUAGCAAGAAAGCUGACAAGAAAUUGAAACUGUUGAACAUGUCUGUCGACCAAAUGAAUCAGUUAACAGAAGAUAUUCAAACGCUUAAAAAAAAGACCGACAAGCUUGAAGAUGAGUGCCAAGAAAUCCGUGACAAAUUUGAAAAUGCAUCCACAAAGAUUUCCAGCAAUUUGACAAAUCUGAGCGAUCUGGUACACACGAAGACGGCCGAACACGAGGCCGUGUUCAGCGACGUCCAAGGUGUAAGAGAAGACAUGGAAGCGCGAAACAACGCUGUUGACGCCAACUUGAAAAAGAACCAGGAAAUCGUGGACAGACAACUUCUCUUGCUCAAAGAAAAAAUGCUCAUUUCGAUAGACGACGCCAAGGCAGAAGCCAUCGAAGUCAGAAAAGAGAAGGGCGGCUGUGUCAUUAUGUGA